GUUAUUGGACAUUGAUUUAUUCGACAAAAAAGACACCGACUAUUUUAUGCGCCUCGUCUUGGAUGCCAUGAAAUAUCGCCAGGAACAUAAUAUUAUACGUCCCGAUAUGAUCAGUAUGCUGAUGGAAUCUCGAGGCAUGAUAAAAUCCCUAGAUCAUUUUAAACCAACAAAUCGUGAAUGGACUGAUUAUGAUAUGGUCGGCCAAUGCUUCGUUUUCUUUGUCGCUGGAUUUGAAGCAUCCGCCGCCCUGACCUGUCUCACAUCGCAUGAACUCAUGGAAAAUCCCGAUGUACAAGAGAAGCUCUAUGAAGAAAUUCAAGAGGUAGAACAACAACUGGAGGGUAAACAACUCAGCUAUGAGGCUCUUAUGGGUAUGCGUUAUAUGGAUAUGGUUGUGCAGGAAUGUCUACGCAAAUGGCCCGGUGCCAUUGCAACUGAUCGUGUCUGCAGUAAGGAUAUCACCUACGAUUUGGAUGAUGGCACGAAGUUGGAAUUAAAGAAAGGUGAUUGUAUUGGGAUACCCAUAGUUGGUAUCCAUCGUGAUCCGAAGUACUUUGAAAAUCCCGAUAAAUUCGAUCCGGAGAGAUUUAGUGAAGAUAAUAAGGAUAAAAUACAACCAUGUACCUAUUUGCCGUUUGGUGUGGGUCCGCGUAAUUGUAUUGGUUCUCGUUUUGCCAUGUUGGAAACGAAGGUUUUAAUUUACUAUUUGUUGAGAGAAUUCAAAUUUGAACCGGCCAAAAAGAGUUGUAUUCCCAUGCAAUUGAAUCCGGCCAGGGUGCAAUUGGCACCCAAAUUCUGGAUGAAAUUUAUAAGCCCAACAAAAUAG